UUUCGGGGGGCGCCAUUUUGGCUCAUCGGGUUCUUGGGCGACACAUUUGACGAAGUCGGAGCGACUGCCAGCAUCCGACUAACGGUGGACGCAACAUUUGAGGUGUUGGAUGCAAUUUCACAAGAAGCAUAUGCGGCGGCGUUGUGAUCGACUCCAUAGUGGAGAUUCUCUGCUUCGAUUUGGCAAGCGGGAUUUCCCAUAUGAUACGUUUGGAUAGGGCAAACCGUCUGAGAUACUGGGCGUGCACAGUGCAAUCAAGCCAGGAGUCAACCGGCUAUUCCAUCGUCAGCUAGCCCAUAAAACCCAGCAUUUCGGACAGCGAUUAGCUUUUGCUGAAGCUCAACACCGUCAUCUCACCUGGACAUCUUGAUGGAUUUGCAGAUGGUGUCAAACACUUUGCACUAUAAUUUGAUGGAAUAAUGCGGAUCGGAGUCAUGUAAUUGUUUCCCUGCAAAGGAGGAAAAUCUCCAACCCUUGCGGUCUGGUCUGUGGUUCCUGUUGAGCUAGCCCGCUAGCUGGCUAGCAGAACCCCCAGAAGGUGGGGCGGGCGAACUUGCACUCUGUAGUGACCGAUGCUUUCAUCUUCAUCGUAUUUGGGACGCACAUUUCCCGCUGUCACCGACCUGCCAUAAUCACGCCCCUCGUUAAUUAAGUGUGCAGAUCAGAUCCUAAACUAUUGGGAAGGGGGCUAUUUGUAGAGCUCCCCCGUUUGACUUUGGACCAUGGCGGACGACGACGUGCUAUUCGAAGAUGUCUACGAGUUGUGUGAGGUGAUUGGCAAGGGACCUUUCAGCGUGGUGCGCCGCUGCAUCAACAGGGACACUGGCCAGCAGUUUGCUGUAAAGAUCGUCGAUGUGGCGAGCUUCACCUCCAGCCCUGGCCUCAGCACUGAAGAUCUGAAGCGAGAGGCCAGCAUCUGCCACAUGCUGAAACAUGCUCACAUCGUGGAGCUACUGGAGACUUACAGCUCGGACGGCAUGCUCUACAUGGUGUUCGAAUUUAUGGAUGGAGCUGACCUCUGUUUUGAAAUUGUGAAGAGAGCUGAUGCUGGGUUUGUGUACAGUGAGGCUGUGGCCAGUCACUAUAUGAAGCAAAUUUUGGAGGCACUUCGCUACUGUCAUGACAACAAUGUCAUACACCGUGACGUCAAGCCCCACUGUGUGUUACUGGCCUCCAAGGAGAAUUCUGCUCCAGUCAAACUGGGAGGCUUUGGAGUGGCAAUACAACUGGGAGAGUCGGGCCUGGUAGCUGGAGGUCGUGUCGGUACUCCCCACUUCAUGGCUCCGGAAGUUGUCAAGAGAGAGCCGUACGGGAAGCCAGUGGAUGUGUGGGGAUGCGGCGUGAUCCUUUUCAUUCUCCUGUCAGGCUGCCUGCCUUUCUAUGGCACAAAGGAUCGGCUUUUUGAGGCUAUCAUCAAGGGAAAAUACAAGAUGAACCCACGUCAAUGGGCCCACAUCUCAGAGAGUGCCAAAGACCUAGUGAGACGCAUGUUAAUGCUAGACCCCGCAGAAAGGAUCACCGUUUACGAAGCUCUCAACCACCCUUGGCUGAAGGAGAGGGACAGGUACGCCUACAAGAUCCACCUUCCUGAAACGGUGGAACAGCUGAGGAAAUUCAACGCCAGGAGGAAGCUGAAGGGUGCAGUGCUGGCUGCUGUGUCAAGCCACAAGUUUAAUUCCUACUACGGUGACCCUCCGGAGGAGCUUCAUGACUUUUCAGAUGACCCAACCUCCUCAGGACUGCUCGCUGCAGAAACAGGGGCAGUAUCACAGGUUUUGGACAGUCUAGAGGAGAUUCAUGCUUUGACAGACUGUAGCGAGAAAGAUAUGGAUUUUCUCCACAGUGUCUUCCAGGAUGAACAUCUCCACACCCUGUUAGAUUUAUAUGACAAAAUCAACACCAGGUCGUCUCCACAAAUUCGAAAUCCUCCCAGUGAUGGAGUGCAGAGAGCCAAAGAGGUACUCGAGACAGUCUCAUGUUAUCCAGACAACACAGAGGCCAAGGAGCUCAGAAGGAUCCUAACACAGCCGCACUUCAUGGCUCUACUACAGACCCACGAUGUGGUAGCCCAUGAGGUCUACAGUGACGAGGCGCUUCGAGUGACCCCCCCGCCCACAUCCCCUUACCUGAACGGAGACUCACCAGACAGCACCAACGGAGACAUGGACCUGGAGAACGUUACCAGAGUCCGCCUGGUGCAGUUUCAGAAGAACACAGAUGAGGCCAUGGGCAUUACGCUGAAAAUGAAUGAGCUCAACCAUUGCAUCGUGGCUCGAAUCAUGCAUGGUGGGAUGAUUCAUCGGCAAGGGACCCUGCAUGUAGGCGAUGAAAUCAGAGAGAUUAAUGGCAUCAGCGUUGCCAAUCAAACUGUGGAACAGCUCCAAAAAAUGCUUAGGGAAAUGAGGGGAAGCAUCACAUUCAAGAUAGUACCCAGUUACCGGUCCCAGUCCAAAUCUUGUGAGGUACAGAACCAAAACCUGAAGGAGUCACCAGAUUUGUCUCAACAUUCGGCUGCUAAUGGUCAUGCAAGUGUCACUAGCUCCAUUCUGGAUCUGCCAGCAACAAUUCAGCCCAAAGCUCGUCAGAUCUCCAGACCCGCUAUCCAGGACAAAUUGUCCAUUAAGAUCUAUGUUCGCGCUCAGUUUGAGUAUGACCCGACAAAAGAUGACCUCAUACCUUGUAAGGAAGCAGGCAUUGGCUUCAGGGUGGGUGACAUCAUUCAGAUUAUCUCCAAGGAUGACCACAAUUGGUGGCAGGGAAAGCUGGAGAACACCAAGAACGGUACAGCAGGCCUCAUCCCUUCCCCAGAGCUGCAGGAGUGGCGCGUGGCAUGUAUAGCCAUGGAGAAGACCAAGCAGGAACAGCAAGCCAGUUGCACGUGGUUUGGCAAAAAGAAGAAACAGUAUAAAGACAAGUACUUGGCCAAGCACAAUGCAGUGUUUGAUCAACUAGAUCUGGUGACUUAUGAGGAAGUGGUCAAGUUGCCUUCUUUCAAGAGGAAAACGCUCGUUUUGCUUGGUGCACAUGGAGUUGGCAGGAGGCACAUCAAGAACACGCUUAUCACGAAACAUCCAGAUCGCUUUGCUUACCCCAUCCCUCACACGACUCGGCCUGCAAAGAAGGAUGAGGAAAACGGAAAGAACUAUUACUUUGUAUCACAUGACCAGAUGAUGCAGGACAUCAGUAACAAUGACUACCUGGAGUAUGGCAGUCAUGAGGAUGCCAUGUACGGAACCCGGCUGGAAACUAUUCGGCAGAUUCACGUUCAGGGCAUGAUCUCCAUUCUGGAUGUGGAGCCACAGGCACUAAAGAUUCUCAGAACAGCUGAAUUUGCUCCCUAUGUCGUCUUCAUCGCAGCUCCCACUAUCACGCCAAGCCUGACAGAGGAUGACUCCCUGCAGCGGCUCCAGAAAGAGUCGGAGAUGCUGCAGCAGACGUACGCUCACUACUUUGACCAGACCAUCAUCAACAACGAGAUAGACGACACCCUGCGCCUGCUGGAGGAGGCUGUGGAGCUGGCGUGUAACACCCCUCAAUGGGUCCCGGUGUCCUGGGUGUACUGACAUGGUGACAGCAGGAGCUCAGCUCACUGAGGCAUCUCCAGCUCCUCCUGCACGGAUGUGCGAUGCCUGUGCAAUCACUUGGAAUGCCGUGCGAUCAAAAUCCUGUGUUUUGUAGAUGAAGCUAUAAUAGGACAAGAAAUAACUGUGCCACCUCAUGAUGACUCCACUCUGGCCCUCGAAGGUCUUAACGUGUACAUAUCUAUCUGGAAUGAUAUCAGUGCUAAAAGAUGUUAGAUGAAUACAGUUCUGUCCUUACAUAGUUGAAGGCUGUGUGGGAUGUGGUCUAUAUUUUGUACAUUUCUUUUCGACAUAUUGAUGACACUGACAAGGCAAUAGCACGUAUGACAUUAAGCAGGUGUGAAUGGGCCCUCAAAGGUGCUCUACGUGGAACCCGUGUGUCUAAACCAGUUGAACUUUGAAGCACAUCCGAAGCUGCCACAGUGUGCACAAGUAAAUCGCUGGACUCUAAACCCAACAAAAAGCACAGGAAACUUGGCAGUUCCGUUCUCCCAGCCUCUUAUUUAUUCCACUAUUUUGUCAAAGGAGCACGUUUUGUCAACUCGCCUCUCGUACCCCCGUAGCGUGUCCUCCUCAACCUACGAUCGUCUUUGUUUACAUCAGAAUUUGCACAAAAAGGACAAUGAAGAUCAUAAUGUCGGUGUGGUCUGAUCUUCCUUGUACGCCGCACCAGAUGUGAUCCUGCAGGUACGUCUAGCACUCAAGUGGACAACAAAAAGAUGAGGCAAAGUUCAAAUGACCUGCCUUAAAGAGGCGUGGGGAAGAGGUUUGUAACAUCUAUGCACACCCCCAGUUUCUCUCGGGCAGACCACCAGGGCCAUUUUUCCCCCCUCUUCACUACUGUUGUUACUAUUUGUGUUAAAGGAGUCAUGCCUGUGCUAGAAGAGAGUCGAACUUUACAUAGGUUGAACAUACAGUAUCAAACGGAAAGAUGUGUUUUGGAACUGAGCAGUUGUUUAUUAAAAAAAAAAAA